UGACUGCGUCAACAAGGGACCAGACAGCUGUUUUUGGUGUAAUCUACUGAGGCUGCGAUGUCUCAGUAAGCUGGCGGAGAACGUAACGGAUAGGACGAAAGGGACUACAAGGAAAAACGAAAAAGGACCUUGUUUUUGCUUUUCUUCUGAACUUUAAAAGCACAGAACCACAGAAGCAGUCUAAUGUUGACGUCAGUAGCUGCCCAUCACGGUCACGGCGGAGGGGAGCAGGAACCGUGCUCGCGCAGCGCCCUGCUGGACCACAGUCGGCGGCAUCGGACGGCCUUCACACGCGAGCAACUGUCCCGGCUGGAGCAAGAGUACUGCAAGGAGAGCUACGUGUCGAGGCCCCGGAGGUGUGAACUUGCCACUGAACUCAAUUUACCGGAGACGACAAUAAAGGUUUGGUUCCAGAACCGGAGGAUGAAGGACAAGCGACAGAGACACUCCCUCUCCUGGCCCCACCCCCUGGUCGACCCGCUGGGCAUGCUCCUCCUGGGGCGCGCCACCUCCACCCCCUCCUCCUCCUCCUCCUCACCUUACCCCUUCAUCCCACACCACCUUCCGCACCUCCCCCUCCACCUCUACUCCCCCCUGGGGCUCUCGGCCUCGGCCCACAGCCCCUACAGCGUCCCCAUGAGGCCCCUGGAGGCGCUGCGCCUCUCCCACUACCACAGCCGGCCCGGCGGGCUCCAGCCGCCCGGGGCGACUCUCUACCCCCCCAUGGGGGGAAUGCACCACCCGGCCUCCUGCGCCUGCCCCCUCUGCAUACAGUGGGGGACGGACCAACUUCUCAAGGCCAGGGGCGAGAUUGCCGCCCUGGGCAUGAUGAGCCGGUCCCGCAGUCCGAAGGCCAUCCAGUCGGCCGCCCUGGACAGAAGGGAGGAGGUGGUGUGAUGGGCCGUGGUGGGGAUGAGCGCCGCGUUUCACGGACUGAAGCCUUUACUGAGAUGAUGGCGUCAAGCAAAGUGAAAUGAAUAGGUUGAGGUAAGAUGCAAAUGUUCAAAACAAACAUGACUUCCCUGACCUAUAGAUUCAAAGAAGCUCUGUCGUUUCAACUGCACAAUCACAGGAUUAGUGAAGACCUUGAUAUUUUAAAUGUUCUAUGUUGAGCUCCUAUUAUUUUGAGAAUGAAGCCAUCGCCUACCACUACGGUUUUAUUUAAUUGCCCAAGCGUGCCUUUUUUAACGAGACAUCAGGUUUCUUCGUCAACGUUAGAUCAUCUAUAACCCUGACAUUGUGCAGAGCGACUGCUUUGAUACAUAAAGACUGAAGACGAUGAACCGAACGCCUGCCAUUGGUGUGUGCACCGCUGCGGUGGUUGCUCCCACUUUACAGCCCAGUGUGGCUCUUUUGAUCCGAGUGUCGUGGCAAGACAUGACACGUCUGUAUGCACAUGAGAUUCGGUCCACGGCUUCACAAAUGACAUGUGCUCACACACAACUCGUGAUUGGGAACCCAUAUGCAAACUGUUCAGCUACAACGCAAACAUCCGCAUAGCGAUGCCCGUAGAAAGUUUUUUACUGGUAUUCAGGAAACAUUUAUUCACUAAGAAGAGUUGCUCAAUCAAAACGCGCAAGGCAAAUCUGAACAUAUGAUGGUAUAGAUAUAGCACAGCUACCCUAUCCUAUUCUAUUCAAUUGGAGCUUAAUGAGUUAAUAGUUAAACAUACCUUGUGAUUGGAAAUACAGAUAGUUGCUUUCCAGUUGUGCUAAAAUACUUGUUACCUGUCUCAUCUGUGUGCAUGUCAUUAUACUAUCUAUUUGUGGUGCAGGUUUGUAAACUGCAACAUCUCUGUGUCAUUCAAAUUAGGCUGAUUCAAAUACACCGGCAGAUUAUUGCUUCACCAGCCCCCCACUAGGUCUUCCUUGUGGGUUUAUACAAAAGCAAGAUAGCAGGUCCAUACUUGUCCUCUCCCAGUUGAAAGUCAGCCACUGUGUGGGUCUCAUGUUCCAACAGUUUAACUAAAUCAAUUAUAUAAUAUUCAACUUCAAUUUCUAUAUUUUACAAGAAGCCGAGUUUCAUAAAUGAUCUCUGCACAUUGAAGAUUUUCUCUGAUUAUGGCAAAUAACAUUUCAAGGGUUACACAAACAAAAGGAUCAAUAUGGAUAUAGAGCCCAUUCAGACAUUAUUUGACUCUUUUUUUUGUCAGAAAGCUGUGCUUUAUAAAACUCUGUGCCUUUGGGGAAUUCACAUAAAAUAUAAAAGCAAGAGAAAUCUGUUGAAUAGAGUCCAAACUAAAUAGAAAGCCAGUGGGUGACUCACCUCACAGUAAUCCAUAUAUUAUAAGACGCAGACAUUAGCUAAUAAUCUAUUUUGAAGAACAUUUUACAUAUUUUGUAUAGAGAUGAUCUGAACUGACUCCUUGUAUCACAAUUUGCACUAAUAUUGUAUUUAAUACCAGAUCUCUGUUUUAAUGUAACACC